GACUGGAGGCGGAUCCAGCUGCCAGCUGCCUCUCUUAAUUCCGAGCAGCCUUUAGUCCCUUGCCCUCACCUCUCUGAGGCAGCUGCGCCCUGCUCUCCCGGCCAUGAGGUGGCUGUGGCCCCUGGCUGUCUCUCUUGCUGUAGUGUUGGCUGUGGGGCGGAGUGGGGUCUCUGGGGUGGCCACCUCGUCUUUGGGUCAGCAUAGAGCCAAGGCCCAGGAGCAGCAGAGUCGGCCCCGAAGAGGCACCAAAGAUGAGGAGCACAAGGAGGUACAGCACUAUGUACCUGAGGAGUGGGCCGAGUACCCCAGGCCCAUCCAUCCGGCUGGCCUGCAACCCACCAAGCCUUUGGUGGCCACUAGCCCCAACCCAGACAAGGAUGGGGCCACCCCAGGUAGUGGACAAGAGCUGAGGGCCAAUCUGACGGGGACACCAAGUCAGAGGCUGCAGAUUCAGAACCCUCUGUAUCCGGUGACUGAGAGCUCCUACAGUGCCUAUGCUGUCAUGCUCUUGGCUCUGGUGGUGUUCGCUGUGGGCAUCAUAGGCAAUCUGUCUGUCAUGUGCAUUGUGUGGCACAGCUACUACCUGAAGAGUGCCUGGAACUCUAUCCUUGCCAGCCUGGCUCUCUGGGAUUUCUUGGUCCUCUUCUUCUGCCUCCCAAUUGUCAUCUUCAAUGAGAUCACCAAGCAGAGGCUACUCGGGGAUGUUUCUUGCAGGGCUGUGCCCUUCAUGGAGGUCUCCUCCCUGGGAGUCACUACCUUUAGUCUCUGUGCCCUGGGCAUAGACCGCUUCCAUGUGGCCACCAGCACCCUGCCAAAGGUGAGGCCCAUUGAGCGGUGCCAAUCAAUCCUGGCUAAACUGGCUGUCAUCUGGGUGGGCUCCAUGAUGCUGGCUGUGCCUGAGCUCCUGCUGUGGCAGCUGGCGCAAGAGCCUGCUCCCACCAUGGGAACCGUGGACUCAUGCAUCAUGAAGCCCUCAGCCAACCUGCCGGAAUCCCUCUACUCCCUGGUGAUGACCUACCAGAACGCCCGCAUGUGGUGGUACUUUGGUUGCUACUUCUGUCUGCCCAUCCUCUUCACCGUCACCUGUCAGCUGGUGACAUGGCGGGUGCGGGGCCCGCCGCCGGGCAGGAAGCCCGAGUGUAGGGCAGGCAAGAACGAGCAGUGUGAGAGCCAGCUCAACAGCACCGUGGUGGGCCUGACUGUGGUCUAUGCCUUCUGUACACUCCCCGAAAACGUCUGCAAUAUCGUGGUGGCCUACCUCUCCACUGAGCUCUCUCGACAGACCCUGGACCUCCUGGGCCUCAUCAACCAGUUCUCCACCUUCUUUAAAGGCGCCAUUACCCCCGUGCUCCUCCUGUGCAUCUGCAGGCCGCUGGGCCAGGCCUUUCUGGAUUGCUGCUGCUGCUGCUGCUGCGAGGACUGUGGCGGGGCCUCGGACUCCUCGGCCACAGUCAGCGUGGACAGCAAGCUCAAGACCGAAGUGUCCUCCUCCAUCUACUUCCACAAGCCCAGGGAGUCACCCCCACUCCUGCCCCUGGGAACCCCUUGCUGAGUCUAUGGGGGCAUGGGAGCAUGCGCAGAGCAGAUGGGGUGCCAUCCGGACUCAAGACAGUCUGUUGAUUCCUUCCCACAGGUCUGCCUUUGACCUGUCAACUUGCUGUUUAGAGGAGGACUUGGUUCAUUUUGUCCCAGUUUGUGCCAACAGUGCCAUUCUUAUGCCAGCCUUGCUCUUCCCACUUACAGGUGGAGAUCUGUGUGGGUCAUUAGAUCUGGGUCUGGCCAUCCCAGAGCCGGGGCUCAGCCCUUGGCCUGCCUCUUGGAAUCUGACUAUAGGUUGGCUGAAACCCUUUCCAAGCACCGCUUCUCUCCUCCCACCUAGGCCCCCACCCUGGACCAGGGACUUCUCAGAGGCCAACCUAACCAGGCUCAGUAAGCCAUCCUCUAAAGUGGGCGUGUCUUAGCCCUGGAUGUCCCCUCCCUUUUCUCAGAGGGUUCUCACUUCUGGCUUCCAUUCUCUGAGGUACCCCCAGAUGCAUUGCCCAACUCCUGCCUCCUUUUAGGAGCUUUCCUGUAGAAGGCCGUUCUGGAAAAACAAUAAAGUAGCUACCACAACCCCGUGCCCACUGCACUUCCUUGUUCAU